AAGGAACUUCAAGUCUUCCAUUGAUUCCAUCUCUCACAUCAUUUCCCACUCCCGCGUUUCCUUUAUCAUAUUCUUAUUCCGCCAUGUCCCAGUUGAACGGAGCCUACUAUGGCCCCUCCAUCCCGCCGCCGAAAACCUCCUACCACCGCCCAGGGCGCGGCGGAGGCUGCUGCUGCGGCUGCCUCUUCAGCCUCAUCUUCAAGCUCAUCUUAACCGUGAUAAUCAUCGUUGGCAUCGCCGGGUUCGUGUUCUGGCUCAUAGUCCGUCCGAACGUGGUGAAAUUCCACGUGACCGACGCCACCCUGACGCAGUUCAACUACACCGCCAACAACACUCUCCACUACGACCUCGCCCUAAACAUCACGGUCCGAAACCCCAACAAGAGGCUCGGAAUCUACUACGACCGCAUCGAGGCGCGUGCAAUGUUCCACGACGCAAGGUUCGAUUCACAGUUCCCGGAGCCGUUCUACCAGGGCCACAAGAGCACGAAGGUGCUGAACCCAGUCUUCAAGGGUCAGCAAGUGGUGCCACUCAACGCUGAGCAAAGCGCGGAACUGAAGAAGGAGAACGCCACUGGGGUGUACGAGAUCGACGUGAAGAUGUACCUUAGGGUGAGGUUCAAGCUGGGGGUGUUGAAGACCAAGACGCUCAAGCCCAAAGUAUCAUGCGACUUGCGUGUUCCUUUCAAAGGAAGCGCCGCCUUUGAGACCACCAAGUGCCACUGGGAUCGCUGAUGGAUUCGCAUCUGUUUUCACUCAUUUCUUCCUUUUCAUAUUUCUUUAUUGAUUGGUUACUUUUGGACAUAGGUCCUUCAGGGUUAUCCCUUCGCUCGAGGGGAUUUUUGCUCCAUUCUUUAUCCUUUAUAUCACACUCUUGUCGUUAUUUGUUAAUAAAUCAAUUUUAUUUUCAUUCCCCUUCUUCAA